AUGGAAGUUGUCAACAAUAAUAAUCUUAUUGGUGAGAUUGAGUGUAAAAACGUUUUGAAAAACUUCAUUAAAAUGGCAGUCUCUAUAAUCUGCUACUUGCGUAACCUGUUUUCCGAGAGUGUGUUUGAGGAUGCAAAGAUAGGUGAUCUUCACCUCAAAAGGCUCACUAGAUCAAUUCCUGAAUCAUCUAAUUUGAUUGACUGGAUUGACUACGGAGUCUAUGAUACAAUAAUUAAGGAAUACUUAAAAGCUCUCAUAAUUACUAUACAUGAUACCAGUAAUGUCCCACUUGAAUCAUAUUACUUAACCCUCAUUCCAAUCUCAAUUUCUAACCAGAAGGGAAAAGAAUAUAUAAGCAAAGACCUUAUCAAGAACAACACUGUUAAGAGCCUAAAAGAGUUGAUUCUUCUGAUUCAAUCACUUUCUCCACUUUACGAUAAUAGUUAUUUGUCAAUAAAACUUUUAUAUUUUGACAAUGUGCCGGCCAGCUACGAGCCCAGGUUCUUUAAACCUGACCACAAUACUGUCAACAACAUGCCCAUUAUACCCAUAACAAAGUUAAACAAUGGAUACAAUGAAGUUCAAAUAGACCUAUAUACAAUUGCAACUAUCAAUGAAUACUCCACCAACUACUUGACUAAAUCAACCAGUAAACAUACCACUUGCACAAGAGAUGGUUCUAUAAGCAGUCCAACCAGUACUGAUAACGAUGAAAAUGAUGAAAUAUUAAUACUUGAGUUAAUCAACAAAUCUGAGGGCUUAAGCAAGAGCUGCAAAUACAUCACCAAGUCUUUAAUAUCAACCGGACUUGGUGUCAAUGUUUCAAUUGCUAAGGUUCUAAUUAAAAAAUUAAUGGAAAAGGGCAUAAUUGAAACUAAAUACAUAAAAAACAAAGGCUACGAGAGCAAACUAUACAUCAACAAAUAACAAUAUCAAAUGAAAUUCUAGAGUAUUAUCUUCGAAUUGUUCCUCUGGAAAUCCUCGAAUUUCCUCUUGAAAGUUUAAAUGUUCCUCUAGAAUUGUGAGCUGCUGUUGGACGGCC